AUGCCAAGCCUUCCACGGGCUUCACGUAGCCAUCUUCCCGCUCAUGGCGAAAGGCCACACGAUGCCGCUGCUGGACCUCGCCUGCCUCCUGCGCGGCCGGGGCUCGCCGCCGUCACCUUCGUCACAACCCCGGGCAACGCCGCCUUCGUCCGCGCCGCUCUGCGGCGAGGCGGGGCCGGCGACGACGCGGCUGUCCUCGAGCUCGCGUACCAGGCCGGCGGCCACGCGCCCGCGGGCGGGGAGGCCGCCGAGGGCGUCGCGUCGGCGUCGUCCUUCGCCGCGUUCGCGGAGGCCACGUCGGCUCUGCGGCCGCGGUUCGAGGAGGAGCUCGCGGCGCUGCGCCCGCCCGCGAGCCUCCUUGUCGCCGACGGGUUCCUGUACUGGGCGCACGCGUCGGCCGCCGCGCUCGGCGUCCCGAGCGUGUCGUUCCUGGGCACGUCCGCGUUCGCGCACGUCGUCCGGGAGGCGUGCGUGCGGGACAAGCCGGGAGCCCCUGCCUCCUCGCCGCAGUUCGACGACGCAACCACUGCCGCUACCACCACGUACUAUACGGUGCCGGAGUUCCCUCACCUCCAGUUCUCGCUCCGCGACCUCGUGCCGCCGCCGCUCCCGAUGAUAGACCUGGAUGCUAAGAUGGCGGCGGCCGUCGCGGCGAGCCGCGGCCUCGUCAUCAACACCUUCCAUGACCUGGAGGGCCGCUACAUAGAGCAUUGGAACCAGCACAUCGGGCCUAAGGUCUGGGCUAUCGGCCCGCUAUGGCUGGCCCAGCAGUCCUCCUCCUCCUCCUCCUUCUUCGACACCGGCAGUCAACAACUCCACACCAAGCCCUCCUGGAUGCAGUGGCUGGACGACAUGGCGGCCGCCGGAAAGUCUGUACUGUACAUCUCACUGGGGACACUGGCGGCCAUCUCACAGGCGCAGCUGAAAGAGGUGGCCGACGGGCUAGACCGGGCCGGGGUGAACUUCCUGUGGGCAGUACGCCCUGACAAUGCCGAUCUUGGCAUGGGGUACGAGGAGCGUGUUGUUGGACGAGGCAAGGUGGUGAGAGAAUGGGUGGAUCAACGGCAGAUCCUCCGGCACCCAUACGUUCGAGGAUUUCUAAGCCACUGUGGGUGGAACUCAGUGCUGGAGAGUAUCGCCGCUGGUGUCCCUUUGGUAGCAUGGCCGUGCGAGUUUGAACAGCCGAUCAACGCAAAGUUUGUCGUCGAUGAGCUGCGGAUCGGCGUUAGGGUCCAUGUCAGCGAUGGAGUGAUUGGAGGUUUUGUUAAGAGCGAGGAGAUCACGAGGGCGGUCAAGGAGCUGAUGUUUGGGGAGGCGGGAACGGCGAUGGCACUGAGAGUGACAGAGAUAGCAGCACAGGCUCAGCUAGCUGUGUCCGAUGGUGGGUCGUCAUGGAAGGAGGUUGAGGAGAUGAUUAGUGAGCUGUGUGUGGUAGAUAAUGCAUGA